GGUCGGCGGGCCGCGCCGGAGCAGUUUCUACUUUCUCGCCGGUUUCCUGUCGGCCGGUGUCGCGUGCAGUGCGCCGGCGCGUCCCGAGCCGUCCCGGCGGCGCAGCGGAGCGUGUCGUGACUGGAGACAUCUCGACGGGCGGGACGAGGGCAGAGACGGCCCCGUUCCGGCCCGCUGGCCACACGAGUCGCCGACACAGCCGCCAAUAAUGGGGUGAAGGAGAUCGAUCGAAACCCGAAUAAUCAGACCAGCCGCGGGGAUCGGAACAAAGAAUAUGGAACAUCGCUGUGGGGAUGACUGCGAAUUGGUCAUCGUCCUUUGUUGGAGAUGACUGAGCAAAGUUAUACCGCUCGGCACGUGUCAGACGCAGAGCGAUGUCGUAACGCAUUUAGGAAGCAUAAUUCGUGACAUCUAUCCUGCCACACUCCACGAUAGUCCCCGACUCCUUCAGCCGACCACACCCUCCGAGGCGGUGUUCCGACCUCUUCUUCCGGCGAAUGUCUGUGAGUGUGACACUUCCCAGCCGGUGCCAGGAACCCUCUCGACGUGUGCCUGCUCCGGGCAGAGGAGGGGCGCGCGGGGUGUCUCCUCUCUCUACCUCUCUCCGCCCAGGGCGGCCGACCCGGCUGGCCCCGAUGUGCGCCUCCGUCGCCGCAGCCUCCGUCGCCGUGUGGCUCGGUUUCCCUGCUCCGUAGACUGCUCUGACACACUUUGUCAGCUCAGUGUUGGUGUGAUGCUCGAGCUCGACGGUCGCUCGAUUGGCGGCGUCUGAUAGACGACAGAUAGUCAACAUGUGGCACCCGAUAUGGCUGGUGACGCUCCUCUGCGCAGGUGCCGUCAACGGUAAGCAAUGGCCGGGGAAGCUGCGGUUCCCCUGGCAGAAGGACCGCGACAGCUCGCGCUACCAGGUGCCGUGCGUCAGCAAUGGCAAGUUCUACCGAGACCCGAACCGGGACCCUGAGCUAAUGCACACCAGCGACAGCUGCGCCCAGUACUAUCUCUGCAUCGAUGAAGAAGUGUACGAGUUUAAAUGUUCCCGAGAUCUAAUGUUCGACAUAGACCGUCAGAUCUGUGACUUCAAGGCCAAAGUGCGCAACUGCGGAGCAAAUGUCCAGAUGACCACUCCGAAGCCGAUUUUGAACACGAUCGAGCCCAUCUGUCCUCAAAACCACCACGCCUGCGGCACGGGCGACUGUAUUCCUGCCGAGCUCUUCUGCGAUGGGCAAAAUGACUGUCCGGACAAUAGCGAUGAAGGCUGGUGUGACCCGGAGCACGACCCGAACGCCGCUCCCAAGUGUAAGUACCAGAACUGCACUCUGCCCAGCUGCUGGUGCUCUACCGACGGCACCCUGAUCCCCGGAAACCUGGAGCCCAGCCAGGUCCCGCAAAUGGUCGUCGUCACUUUCGACGACGCCGUCAACUCUCAGAACAUCGACAUCUACAGGAAGCUGUUUGAUAAGGAGAAGCGUAAGAACCCGAACGGCUGCCCAUACCACGCCACCUACUUCGUCUCCCACGAGUUCACCAACUACCGGGACGUGCAGGAGCUGUGGAACCUCGGACACGAGAUCGCCGUGCACAGCAUCACUCACCGUAAGCCGGAGGACUGGUGGACCAACAACGCCACCAUCGAGGACUGGUUCGAUGAGAUGGUCGGCCAGGCCAACAUCAUCAACCGCUACGCCGGAAUCUCCAUGGAGGACAUGUGGGGUAUGCGCGUGCCGUUCCUGCGUGUCGGCUGGAACCGCCAGUUUGUGAUGAUGCAGGAGUUCGGCUUCGUGUACGACUCGUCUGUGACGGCUCCGUACUCCGAUAUCCCCUUCUGGCCGUACACCCUCGACUACCGGAUCCCGCACAAGUGUGUCGGAGAGGGAGUCAAGUGCCCGUCGCGGUCCUUCCCAGGCAUCUGGGAGAUGGUGAUGAACCAGCUCAAAGUGCACGAAUACACGUGUGCGAUGGUAGACAACUGUCCGCAAGUGGAGGACGAGGAGGAACAGUUCCAGGUGUUCAUGAGCAACUUCAAGCGCCACUACACGACGAACCGGGCACCGUUCGGACUCUACUUCCACACCGGAUGGUUCCAGAAAAAGUCCAACCUCAAGGCCUUCUCCCGUUUCCUGGACGCCAUCGGUCAGAUGCAGGAUGUCUGGGUGCUCAACAACCGUGAGGUGAUCCAGUGGAUGAAGAACCCCAAACCGCUGGGACAGAUCAACCAGAUGGAGGAGUGGAAGUGCGGCAAACAGAUUCCGCUGGAGGACAAGGCGUGUAACAUUCCCAACACGUGCCACGUUCGGAGCCGCGUGCUCCGGACGGACCGUUACCUGUACACGUGCUUCGAGUGUCCCAUCCACUACCCGUGGCUGAGGGAUGAGUUCGGAGUGGACCUGUGAGCGCUGGUCGGCACGAGAAAUGCUAUAACGAUACUCCAGUAUCACCAACCUGUUACGACCCAAUAAUGGUGAUGCUAUGAAAUGAGGAAACCCACCGCUAAGGCAAGCGAACUAAGUAUUGUCAGUGAUCUAGAACUAUGGAGUAAGAUUAAUGAUACAUACGCAGUUUAUAAGGAUGACGGAGGGACACAUCAGAUAAUUGAUACAUCGUACCGUCUACCGAAAGCUCAUGCUAAUUUUUAAUCAUCAGCAAUUUGCUCUUGCGUGAGUCAGUGACUGGUGACUCCGAAAAAGAGCACUGGGGGCAAUCUCGAGUGACGUUUUUUCGGCGAUUUGAGGUCGAUUUACCUUUAAGCUCGUUUUGGGAUGUUAUGCGAGUCGUACGGGCGUGAAUGUAGCCUGCUACGGCGUUGAAAUGCGAGUGAGGAAUUGCGCAGUAUUUUAUUGCACCAACCCUAAGUUAUUGGUGUUGAUUGUUUUAUAUACUCAACACGCACAUGCAUCUGCUUAGUGCUGCCUUUGUUGUUACGGUGUUGUUACGCUGAUGUUGCGAGUUGUUAUGGCAUAUUUAUGAAGUUAUCGGGAACGUGGACACUGGUUGCGACUAUCAAUAAAGGCUUCAAAAGCGUCAUGUG